AUGAUGCAGCGCAUUGCAACUAGAGGCAGAGCCCUGCGGCAAAUAUACAGUGCCACCCAUAACUGUUCCAGAUCGCUAUUCACAUCCUUGACCAAAACGGAUGUAACGACACGCUCCAUGCGCCAUAUAGCAACAGAGUGGGGUGAAACUGGUUGGAUCCGUCGUCCUCGUGCCAUGAUGAGCAGUAACUCGGCACGGCCUACAACAUAUCUGGAUGACGGGUUUUCAGGUGAUAUCGACUUUGACCGUCUCAAAUCUCACAUGACUUGCUCCAAAUUUCACGAUUCGAUCUGGGGUUUAGUGAUAUAUCGAUGCUCUCAAGGCCACCAGUCAGCUUGGGACCGUAUGGUGCAAGCCUUGCGCAGCGAGGUCCAAGAGACUCUCAGAUACUACAUCCGCGAGGAUUUACUACAAUUCCAUGAUCUUCAUGUCAUCGACGAUAAAGCACUCUACGGAGCCACGUCCCACCAAGUCCGAGAACACUUCCAAUCCUGGUCCCCGAAGAGCCUCAAGGACCGUCUCCGGCCGGGCGCGACUGAUUUGGAGAAAGACAUAGGCUGGCACUAUGCGACAUCCACGCCCAGGUAUGACUAUUGCCUCUUUGCGGAUGAUAUCUGUCUCGAGUCCAUGGAUCAAUCCGGUUAUGACAUGCCGGUCGUAAAGAUUCUGCCAAGGGACUGGGAGUCCUCAUUGUCCCCAGAGGAGAUGAGCCAACCAGUGCCGACCCCAUUUCACGAUGGCGUCACUGAGCACUGGGAGGAAGAUGUGGGCUGGAUGUAUAUGUCCCUGAAUAAUUACAUAGACAAGUAUGACUUGCUUGGAGAAGUAAGUACUGACUGGUACGACCAGUACGUGAGACCCCCAUAUAUGAAUGGUCUUGAGAGCGAGACAGAUUUUGUAGGAAACUGGAGGAAGAAGUCAUCAAGCGAGGAAGCAAAUCAGGCAGACCGUAAGGGAUCACUCUCCACGAAACAAUCGAACCACUAA